CGCUGGGCACGGCAGGACGGCAGCAUCAUGAAGUGGGGCAGCCUCUUGGUGCUGGCGGGGCUCCUUGCCCUCUGGGCUGGGCUGCAGCCUGCGUCUGGAAAGCUUGUUCCAGACAUCUGCAGGCUCCCCCCGGACCGUGGCCCCUGCAAGCUACACCUCAAACGCUACUACUUCGACUGGGUCUCCGGGAGCUGCCAAACGUUCACUUAUGGCGGCUGCCGUGGAAAUGGAAACAGAUUUUGGAGUCUUCGGUCCUGCAGGAAGAAGUGCCAGGUGGGCGGCAAGGGGCUGGAGGCUGCGAGAGGCAUCGCGGCACCAGGGCAAUGGCUGGAGACACGGGGAAGCCUGAUGCUGGGGAGACCCAGCCGGUGCCCCCCGCCCAAGGGGGCUGGGAUCUGCGUACAGAUGUGCGACUUUCAGAGGCCCUGUCCUCCCGGACACUUCUGCUGCGGCACGGGCUGUGGCACCGUCUGCAGGAGUGUCAAGCAGAGAGGGCAGCCCUGAGAGUGACCCCGCGUGGGAGCCGGGCCACAGGGUCCUGGACCCUCCCAUGGACUCUUCCUGUGGCUCCAGACAUGGAUGGGACACAUGACCCCCAGGAGCGGGGGUCUGCUUCCAGCACCCCCACCCACCAUAGCAGAUCCUUGCUCCACGCAAUAAAGACCUUGCUUUCCAGCUUCCUGCAA